AUGCAGGCACAGGUGCAGCUGGCAGUAGCGAGCGUGGACGCGGACCGCAUCCACAUUCUGAACUCCAUCGUUGGUGCACGCGACUUAAAUUCCAAUCCACCACUGGAGCACGAACGGUACGAUGUCGUCAACACCACGUUACAUGCUCGGUUUGCGCUAGCAGCGCUGAAGCUCAUGGUGGAAGCCAGGCGGUCGCUGCACAGAUAUGUGCAGGUGAUUUCCAGCUCACAGGUCACCCGCAUCAACUUGUCCUUCAGGUCCGACCAAGUCCUGUCAAAUGACACGCUGCAGCAGCUAGCCGCAGCGCUUCCGGCGACUUUGAAAGACCUGUGCCUGAAUAUGGUGGACUGCACACUCUUGACAGAUCAGGGCAUCCAGGCCUUGGCCCUUGCUCUGGAGCCGCUUCCGCUGGAGAGCCUGCACCUGGACAUUGCGAAGAAUGCCCUUUCAGACGAAGCCGUGCAGGCAGUGGCGGCCUCAUUCGGGGAAUCGUUGCGGCACCUCUGGUUCAGCAUAGGACAUAUUACCGACAUCAGCGAUGUUUCUGGUGCAAGCCUGGCAACUGCGCUACCUUCACGCCUGGAAAGCAUGUUCUUGUCUCUCGCUGGAUGCCGAAAGAUCACUGGCAAGACGCUGGAAAGUCUGGGCAGAGCCUUUCCUCCGACGUUGUCGCAUGUUGAGCUCAUGUUCGGUAGCUGCCACCUACUGGACAAUGCUGCGGUAGAAGCCCUGCUGGCUCAACUGCCUGAGGGCUUGCUUGAUCUCCGGCUGGACUUCUGGGGAUGCUCGCAGCUCACGGAGGCCAUGCUGUUGGGCCUGGCCGCGGCGCUGCCCAGUUCGGUCACACGGGUGGAGCUCUACCUCGGGGAGAUUCCAAAGAUUUCAG